GUUAUACCUAUGUUCUUAGUGUCUUGAAAAAAGUGACAUACAACGAACUGUACGGAAACAACAUUCGUAUUAUGUACGAUGUUGGUUGUAAGCUACGAACUGCUUUAAAGAAAACACCAGAGUUGAAGGACAUCGAAGAUGUUCCCAUUGCAGUCGGUAUCUUCCAUAUUACCGGACACAAUGCUGCUUGCCAAAUUCAAUUCCAUCCUCGUUUGGUAAAAGGCUUUGGCAUGAUCGAUGGCGAGUGGCUCGAGCGAAUGUGGUCAUACCUCAACGGUUUUGUAUCCAUCACACGUACUAUGUCGUCUCUCAACAGGCGACUCACCCUUACUAUUGCGCUCGACUUUUUCGCAAAAGAAAAAAUUGACAACAUUGGUAUCACAAUUCAGCGUAAAGAGCAGCGUGCCAAACAAUUGCUGGACGAUGCUAGAAAGGCCCUCCAAGAAGCAGGGUAUCUUGAUAAACUAGAGAUCUUGCUAGCUAAAUGGGAAGAGCAUAUAGCACUUGCAACUCAGGAACCUACGACCGAAACAGGGCGCAUCAAAAAAAAGGUCGACAACGCGUACGAAAUACUUCGUACAGCUGUUUCUAUCUAUGACAUUAUAGACCAAGCAUUUAAGAUACAAGGAAAUGGCCAUAAUCGCACGCAAAACCUUUCCGACCAAAAGAAGUCUGCCUUGGCAAAGGUUCAAAAAUGCUUGGAUGCCUAUAACAUUGUGGCUAGAAACCAUUCAGUUAUAGGUUUAAGCCCGUUUGAUAACAGCGUUUCCAGCUUACUGGCGAAAAACAGCAAAUUUAGAAAGCACGCCAAUUUGUUAUCAACGAUGGGCGAUGACCUACCCUACGAUGCUCUUCAUGGUUACCUCAGAGCCCAAGAAGAGUUAAAAAUGUUGAGGGAGGAAGCCAUGUCGGUUCUGAAAUACGGAAAAGAGCUCGUUCAUAAGCUCACCGAGGCCACCAAAGGUCCAGAACUGUUUGAUAAUCUGUCGGACGAGGUUCUUGGAAUGGCUGUCAUCUGCAAGCAGAAGCUAGUAGAGGCUGAGCGUUGGAACGUGGAUCAAAAACGCCGGCUUACUCGCAUUGCUGCAGGUCUCCAUUCUGUAGCAAGCAGUGGUAAUGUCAGAGGUGAAGAUGGCGAGGAAGUUGAGGAAGAAGCUGAAGAUGAAGAAUGUGCAGACCUUGCUCAAUUCGAAAACUGGAUUGAAAGCAUCAAUUAGAUGAAAAGCAGCAAAACUCUAUUACUUUAUAGUGCACAGACAACGAGUACAAUCAUGAGAUUGACAAGGUCAUUAUUAUAUGGUGAACAAAACCUUAAUGACAACUGUUCUAUAUAUUUGUC